UAAUUAAAUACGUAAUGGUAAUCUCAGACUUCAUCGCUAACUCAAAAAAUAAAAUCAAAGCACAUGUACCAGACUUGAGUUUCAACCUCAUCCUAACACUUUGGACCACCAUCAUUAUGCAUGUCCUACUUAAUAUUAAAUCCUCUAAACAUUGACAUUGACCAUAAUAAUACAUCAAAUAAGCUAUGCCACAAUGAGAAAUAAUAUGAAAAGCUUUCUUUCUUAAUAUCCCUUUUUUUACACUUAAAAUCACCAGACAACUCCCUUAGUAUGAUGCUUUCAUCAGUAAUCUGAAAAGUGAGUCAUCAAGAAAGCACAUGUUCACCUUACACAGUUAUUUCCUCUACCCUUCUUACACUGAAAAGGCAAAGUGUGUCAAUUGAGUGGUAUGCCUAUUUAUGUCUGGUUCUAAGACCAGUAGUUGGAGAAAUCAGCCAUGGACCAAGUAAGAGGCAUUUGAUCCUGAUUUGAAAAGAUGUCCCUUGGAUUUUAAUAUAAACAUCAAGGAUUGAUUCCAGCCUGUUGCAGAAAAUUUUGAUUGGAUGCUUCUUGUGUCAAAAUCCUAAUAAGUUUGAGAUGAGGAGAAUAAUGUGGAGAGAAAAUGCAAGAUAUAUGACAAGUUGCAAUGAAGAUACAACAAGAAUUAUGAAGUUAAAUACAUGGAGACAAAGCUAGUAAACCAGUAAAGAAAAAACUUACCUGGGGAGGUAAUAGACAAAAAAUGACGGGAAAUGUGAGAGCUACUCAAUGCAAAGACUCCAACAUGGAAGCGGGAAUACAGCAGAAAGACAAGAUGGAGUUGACAUCAUUCUUAUUUGUGACAGUUUCAGAUAGAAGAGAAUUUCUGUGCCCAAAAGAAUUGUCUUGGGUGAUACCAGUCAAUUUAUAGGUGCAAAUCAAAAUCAAUCCAGGAAUUACAAUCCUGUCAAUCUGGAACUUUCCCUGAAAUCUCUCCCAACCAUAUGUCAAUCCCAAAAUUAUGCUAUACAACUACUUACAAUGCAACCCAUUGACAGUUUGGUAUCUCACAAACAAAACUUGCAGCCAAACAUUAUUGAGCUUUUAUCCUUAUCUCAACUGUUUCACCGAAUUCUCAUUCCAAUUGUGCAUUGAAGUACUAAUUUCCUACUGGAUCACAAAGCUUGAGGAUUUUAGUCUUGAAGAAGAAACAAUGCCAAUUAAGAAAAACCAGUCAAGUGAAGGUGGCAGGAGCAUCCGGUUACAGAUCUUUCGGCCACCCAGUGUAGACAGCAGCAACCUUCAUGACCUUGGAGGCUCAUUUUUUGAACCUCAGAGAGAAACAAGCUAUCCAACACCAAUUGGGAUGCAAGACGCUGAUAACAUCAACAAGAAUCACUGGGAGAGGGCUCCUGAAAAGAAACUUAUCAUCUUCGCUAUUCGCUUGGCAAUCCUUGAAAAGGCAGCCAGUGGUUUAGGAGCCCUCGGAUUCAUUUGGGCAACUGCAGUUCUCCUCGGUGGAUUUGCUUCCUUGAUGGAUAGUAAAGAUUUCUGGUUUGUCACUGUAAUCCUACUUACUGAGGGUACCAGAAUCUUCAGCCGCAGCCAUGAGCUAGAGUGGCAACACCAGGCAACAUGGACCAUUACUGAUGCUGGAAAGCGCAGCUUCCGAACAAUUGCAUCCAGCUCCCAGUUCUUCAUUCGAGUAAUCAAAGUCAUCUUUCAGCCAUUCUCAGCAAUCAAACCAGAAAGUGCACAGCAGCAGCAUAUUGCCAAUGAUAUCCAAAUAAUCACUCAAACUCAAGUUCCCCCACCCAUUAGGCAAUGCACAUGGAGAUCUUCUGAUGUUCUCAUGGUGCCAUAUACAGGGUUGAUCUUCAUAUCCAAAAAUAUCAGCAAGGCACUGUACUGGCUUCAGCUUCUAUCUGCUGUUGCUUGUAUGACACUCUCGUUGAUGCGUCUGAUUCAACAAAACUAUGGAGUGGAACAGCCUGGAGUUGAAAACCUGAAACUGGCACUUAAUCUCUUUUAUGGAUUGGCACUGGCCGAAGCCCACUUGUUCUUGCUAGAAAAAGCAUACUGGGAAUGGAAGAUCAGCAUCUGCAAGUUGCUUGAACAAGUGAACCAGGAAUGUGAUCUUGAAAUUACAGACAUCGUGUCAAUCAAGCGUUUCUUCUAUGAUGCAUAUUCAAGUUGCAUCAAUGGAAGUGUAUUUGACGGCUUGAAGAUGGACCUUAUUUCUUUUGCUAAGGAACUCUUGGAUUCGGAUUUUCAUGAUGAGCAGCUCAUUGGGGUUCAGAUACUGCAGAAGUUUGCAAACAGUGACAGGUUUUCAAGUGACACACUACGGAAGAUAGGGACUUGCACUUCAUUGAUUGAGAGGCUAAUUGAGAUGCUCAGUUGGAAGAACCCAGCUAAAGAGAACAUCAGAAAGUCAGCAGCUGAGAUUGUGUCAAAGCUUGCAGGGAAGAAACAGAAUGCACUUCGUGUAGCAGGAAUUCCAGCCUCAAUAGAGUGUGUUUCUUCACUGUUAUAUACAGGUCGGAAAUUUGACAACAAGCCUUAUGAAAUGUGGGAAAGGGACAUUGUUGCAGAUCAAAGAAACUACGAGUUCUCUGCCUUCAAUUUGUUGGGCCUACUGAUACUGAAAAAGCUUGCUAAUGAUCAUGAGAAUUGCUGGAAAAUUGGGAACACCAGAAGCCUCCUCUCGAAGAUUAUAGAUUUCACUAGUACCGGAGAGCGAUUCCUCAGAAAUGACCGAGUGACAGAGUCUCAGAUCAAAGCAGUGAAGAGGUCUCUGCAAGUUGUAAAGAAGCUGGUGAGCACAACCGGUGAGACAGGGAAGAUGCUUCGACAAGAGAUAUCAAACAUUGUUUUCACAGUAAGCAACAUAAGAGACAUCCUGGAGUAUGGGGAGAAUCAUAUGUUGCUGCAAAUGCACGGAAUUGAGAUAUUAACUAGUCUGGCAAUGGACCAGGAUGCGAGAGAAAAGAUUGGGAGUACCGGGGGUGUAAUUAGACUGCUUCUUUCAAUCUUUUUCAAGCCAAGGUUGACAGAGGAUCAAAAUAAAGUGAGUGUUGAAGCUGGAGAAACAUUGGCAUUGCUAACAUUGAAUAGCAAGCACAAUGCCAACUGUGUUUUGAAACAGAUGCAGGUCGUAGACCAGCUAGUUGAUUCAUUAACUGACCCAGUACUCCAAAUUAAUUCAUCCAGGAUACUGAGGAACUUGUGUACCUAUUCAGGAUCAGAAAACUUCUUCUGCAUGAGGGGAGUAACUGCAGCGGCACCCACUUUGCUGCAUUCCAUCAUGGUGGAGGAGGGCAAACUACUUGAGUUAUCAAUUGGGCUCACAAUACAGAUCUUCAGAUUUAUGAAUUUUGAAGAAUCUGAUAAGGAACUAAAAAAAGCUUGUAUUAGUCCAAACAACUUCGUAAAGAAGCUGGCACAGAUAUUGGAAAAAUACAACAUCCCACAUGUACAGGUUCCAAGGAUAAGGAGAUUUGUUGUAGAGAUGGUAAUUUGGCUGAUGAAAUCACAUGAGAAAUAUAUAGAGUUGUCAAAGAAAUUCGAGAUGGACAAAGCGAUCAAGGAUGUAGCUGAAACCACAUCUGACUUGGAAUGCUUCCCUGUCUUUUCUGGUAGCAUUGGACUCAGCAGAGAUGAUAUAAGUCUAUGCUCACUCACACAUGUGGCUUUAGAGCUGUUAAUGAAACAUUGAAGGUAAGCUAUUUCAUAAAGUCAUCCAAGAGAAGGCAUGGAAAUUGAUAUGAUGCAGGCUGAAGCUAUUAAUGCAAGCUAUACAAAUAAGGUUCUUAAAACAAUCGCAAAGAAGCUGAUGGACAACCAAGAAAUCUGGAAAAAUUUUCCAGAAAUAAGCUAUAGAAUAUACAUACAAAUAUGUAGACAUAUAUUUAUCUGUCUUCAUCACUGCAGUUUCUAUUGUUCAGAAUUUGAAAGAAGGCCUGUAUAUUUUGAUAAGAAUUCUUGUUUA